GCUGCGUCGUCUCAGCUCGCUCGCGGCCGCCUAGUAGGUGGGUAGGCAACCCACCCAGCAGCACUCCUCAGGGGUGGGUGGGGUGGUCUCCGGCGAGGCCCCCCUGACGUCGCUGCCCGCUGCCCCCGUGUCUGGUAUCUUACGUACGCGGGAAGGGCAGCAGUAGACAGCAGAUAGCGAGUGGCUCUGGGUACACAGCUCGCUGGGGCCGGGGGAGCGUCUCAGUCUUCGCCGGAGCUGGAGCCGGGCUGGACAUCAUGGCGUACUUCAGAAGCCUGUUCGGGCUCUUCCUCGUGGUGCGGGCGGUAAGUCGGCCCGUAGCUGUUACUACUCAGUCGCGAAGCUCUACUCACUGUGUGUGCUCCGCCAGGGCUUCCACAUGCUGGUCGCUGGCUACGCCGUCAUGGACCUCAACGACCUGCACAGCGCCACGUCGGGCACCUUCAAGCAGAUCGCCCUCAAGCUCACGCACAUCAGCGACGUGGUCAAGGGUGGGUCGGGGUCGUGCUCGGGCGACCGAGAGCUCGCCGUCGUUCAUAACGCCCUCAUCUCACCGGUGCAUCAUGUGUAUUUCAGAGAUGGAACUCCCCCUCCUGUUCUACGUGAUCUGCGGCGUGAUCCUCCUGAUCCUGGCCAUCCUGUACCCAUGGAAGGACGUUAAACGUUCGCGCCUGUCCGUGUACGCGAUCCUCCACCUGCUCUACGCCCUGAUGGUGGUGUACGUAGUAUACGUGCGGACCAUCGUGGACCUCUCCUACGUCCGGGACAUCUACCAGGUCAUGUGCAUCCCAUGGCUGUUCCCUGCUAGUCUUGUGCUUGACGUGCUAACGUUCAUCGCGGCCUGCGUCCCGAACAACAAGAGCCGCACGCUGGACGAGACAAACUCCAACGUCUUCCCCAUGUACCGGACGAGCGCAGCGCAGGCAAACACGGCCCUGCCCAUCAGCUUGAUUCGUGAAGCUGCCUAGAGUCCACGUGGCGUCGGACGGAGCGGAAGGGCCUAGGUUCAGUCACCUCGGCCCGUGAGUGGCGGUAUCACGCUCACCUUCCCUCGACCUAACGAGGGUGGGACUUCCCUAUCGUGCCACUGCUGCACGAGGCUCGCUGUCAUUCCUUCAGUGUACACAUGCACUGAUUACAGCCUACAUCCGUUUUCGUUUCCGAUAUUUUCGUUAGAGGAUUUCUUUUUAAAUCGUUUCUCUUGAAUGAUUUAAAAAUUUAAUACACACCUACUAUUAACUA